AUGCAUUAUAGAUUCAUUAGAGACAGUUUUUGGGGCAGGUUUAUCUACCACUUAUCUAGUCACAAAGCAUUCGCUCAUAAGGAAGACAUGGACGAUUACAUCAUUCCUGAUAAGUACUUACCUCAAAAGCAAACAUGCUCAAAAUCACAUUCAAAGGCAACGUUAGUUGGCGAUGGUAAUGUAGAAAAGGUAGCAGGAGAGUCUUACGAUUCCAGUGUUAAAUCUCGCAUAGACUCUGAACUAAUAGUUGUAGAUUGGGAUGGUGAUGAUGAUCCAGAAAAUCCUCAAAAUUGGCCAAUUUACCAGAAGACGUUCUUUAUUUCUUUGAUUGGUCUUUUGACCACUUCAGUGUACAUGGGUUCUGCUAUCUUCACCCCAGGGAUAGAACAAAUCAUGGCAGAAUGGAACGUAAGUCAAGUUGUUGCAACAUUACCUCUUACAUUAUUCGUUAUCGGAUAUGGUAUCGGGCCAAUGAUCUUGUCUCCUUUAUCAGAGAACUCAAUUUUUGGAAGAACUUCGAUUUAUAUCGUUACGUUGUUCAUAUUUUUCAUUUUGCAAAUUCCAACUGCCUUAGCAAAGAACAUUGCUUCCUUAUCUAUAUUGAGAUUUAUUAGUGGCUUUUUUGCAUCUCCUGCAUUGGCUACUGGAGGUGCAUCGGUGGAUGAUAUUAUAUCCUCGCCUUUUAUGCCAGUUGGUAUAGCUGCUUGGUGCAUUUCAGCCGUAUGUGGACCAUCUUUGGGUCCAUUAAUUGGCUCUGUUUUAGCUCAAUUACUUGGCUGGAGAUGGACAUUCUGGUUCAUGCUUAUUAUAUCAGGUUUUGCUUUCUUGGUUCUUGGCUUCUUUUUACCAGAAACUUAUGGGCCAACAUUAUUGAGCAGAAAAGCAAGCAGAUUGAGAGAAAGGACUGGGAACCCAAAUAUUGUCAGCGAAGGUGAAAUCGCCAAUCUGAAGUUAACUAUGAGAGAAAUUACCGUCGAUGCCCUUUGGAGACCAAUCGAAAUCUCUCUUCUCGAACCUGUAGUCCUUUUAAUCGAUAUUUAUAUCGCUUUGGUGUACUCUAUUAUCUAUUUGUGGUUUGAAGCUUUCCCCAUUGUUUUCCUUGAAGUGUACCAUUUUAACUUGAUUGAAAUGGGCGUCUCUUAUGUAGGUUUCAUGAUUGGUGUUUUAGUCUGUGCUUUCGUCUACAUUUGGGUUAUUUACCAACGGUACACGAAGAUAUUACUUGCUGGUAAUGAGGUCCACCCUGAAGUAUUCUUGCCAAUUGCUAUUGCUGGAAGUAUUUGUAUGCCAAUAGGAUUAUUCAUAUUUGGAUGGUCUGCAACAGAAUCUUCUCAUUGGAUUGGACCAAUUAUUGGAGUUGGUAUUUUUGCGGGAGGUGCUUUUAUUAUCUUCCAAACACUUUUCAACUACUUGAGUAAGUCUUUUAAGAGGUACUUAGCUUCCGUCUUUGCCGGCAAUGACUUGUUCAGAUCAGUAAUUGCAGGUCCAUUCCCAUUAUUUGGUGCUCCAUUAUUCAAUAAUACUGGUUCUGGAAAGUUUAGAGUUGGAUGGGGUUCUUCAAUUUUAGGGUUUAUUUGUAUUGCGAUGAUUGCAAUUCCUGUGGUGUUUUAUCUUAACGGGCCCAGAUUACGUUCUAGAUCGAAGUAUUCAGGAAAUUAG